GAGUGUAAACAAGCGAAGACCCGACGAAGGAGAUGAACGUCGGAUUACUUAUAACCUCGAUAUGUCAUCCUGUGAUUAAUGGUCGUAUUCUGAUCUAAAUAUGUCCACAUCCGGGUGCAAUGUGCAAGAGAUGGCUUCCCCUGCGGCUCAAGACGUGUACCUCCACCUGUGGCAGAAGAAGAAUCUUGAGGCAGAGUCGGGAGGCGGCUUAGUCAAGGCUGAUGCACUGAGGUUUAAUCUCGCGCAGCUGCAUUAUCUGAAGGCUAAUUUCAAUGAUAUGGAUGAUUCAUUGAUGGCAAUUAAGACCAAAGAACUUCUCCGGGAUUAUGGUAGGCUUAUGGAUGAUCAGAAGAAAGGCCUCAAUAAUUAUGCCAAGCCAAUUCUUACCUUGGUUGGAAAGAGUAAGAAUGACAGCAAGAAUUGGAAAUGUAAUCUGAAACCAGAGGAAAUAAUAGACAAAUAUCUAAGACCACUUCCCGACUCCUCACAAAACUUGAAGAGUGAGUGUAGGAAAUUAGCCAAGAUCUUGAACAAGAGUCAAGAAAGGAAACCACAACAGAGUGAGAAGUUUUACAAUGCAUCAGGUGUUUCAACAUUGUCUGAGAGUGUUACCUUUGAUGGCACUGUUGGGCUGUCUUUUAAUCUGAUGGAUGAUGAUAUGCUGGAGAGUCAGGAAAGUGAUGCUGCAUACAAUAUAAAACAGUCAGAACUAUUUGGUGAGGGAAGUUUUGGAACAAGUGGCUCAGGAAGCAAUCUCAACAGGUACCAGUUGAACAAGAAUGGUAUCCAAUCCAGAACAAGCCACUCAGCAGGACCAUUCAGAUGUGAAGGUAAUGCAUUUGACAGUGGAAUUGCUACCCAGAGACAUAGGGAGAAAGCUGGUACAUAUCCCUGGAACAGAGGAAACUUGCCUGGUGUUAGCAGUGCUGGGAAUAUGGAAAGAGGUCGAUCAACAGGAUUGGAAAAGGAAAAUAUGGAUAACAGAUUUGGUAAUGAUCAAUUUAACAUUCUAAAUGGUAAUUUGGAAAGAAGUAGACAGGAUGGACAGAGAGGAGGUGGAUCCUCUGGGAAUGUGUUUACCUCCUACUCCCAGCCACAACAGCAGCAGCGUGGUGGCUCUGGAAGGGGUUUCAGAGGCAGCGGAGGAGGUGGGAGUGGGCGAUAUCCUUGGAGUAGAGGUGCAGAAAAACAGACUGAUGAUUCUCCCAUCGCAGAUAAUGUGUCUUGCUUUAAGACUGCUUCACAUCAACUUUUGCUGGACCAGAUGAAAAAAUCAGGCAGAGGUGUAGUUAGUGAAGCCGCAUAUGGGUCUGUCAAGAGAUCUCUAGGUGUCAGAAGGGCUGUCAACAACAAAUUCACACCACCCAUUCGAAGAGAAGAUGAAGACAACAACUUUGGUAGUAGUGAGAUUAUCCGAAGUUGUUUACCACAAGGAUCUUCAGGGAAAGGGGGAGACGUUAGAGCUGGAACUGAAGAAAGCCCUAAUGCUGAACUAUUAACUGAUGAAAGAUUAAAGAAUAUUGAGCCUAAAAUGGUUGAACUGAUAAUGAAUGAAAUUAUGGAUAGUGGACCCCCAGUGUCAUGGGAUGAUAUAGCUGGGCUGGAGUUAGCCAAGACUACAAUUCAGGAAAUAGUGGUGUGGCCCAUGCUGCGUCCUGAUAUUUUUACUGGCCUGAGAGGCCCUCCAAAAGGAAUCUUACUCUUUGGCCCUCCAGGCACUGGCAAGACCAUGAUAGGUAAAUGCAUAGCCAGCCAGAGCGGGUCCACCUUCUUCAGCAUCAGUGCUUCUUCCCUCACGUCAAAGUGGGUGGGUGAGGGGGAGAAGAUGGUGCGUGCAAUGUUCGCUGUUGCAAGGUGCCAUCAGCCUGCGGUCAUCUUCAUUGACGAGAUCGACUCGCUCCUGACGCAGCGGUCUGACACGGAGCAUGAGAGCUCGCGCCGUAUCAAAACAGAAUUCUCGUACAACUUGAUGGAGCCACUUCAGGCAGCGAUGAAAGACUGCUGGUCGUGGGGGCAACAAAUCGACCACAGGAACUGGACGAAGCUGCUCGGAGGAGACUCGUCAAAAGGCUGUACAUUCCUCUGCCGGAAUCAAAGGCCCGGCAACAAAUCAUUGUGAACCUGAUGGUGAGCCAAGUGCACGGACUGACGGAGGAGGACAUCCACCGCAUUUGCCAGAGCACGGACGGUUACUCGGGGGCCGACAUGGCCAAUCUCUGUCGCGAGGCUGCCCUGGGGCCCCUCCGCUCUAUCAGU